UCUGGAGAUAAGAGCAAGGAUUUUGUUGAGCAACGUCAGAUCCAUUUGACUUUUUCUAAAAUAGGCCUAUAUUUUUUCGACAAAAAUCUAAAGGCUGAAGUGAUAUCGAGAUUGUAGCCUGUGUCAGCGGUAAAAUACAGUUGCGCCCCGAUGACGCCACGACGUUCUCACUUGAAUGAUUGACGUUUUACGAAAGAAUUGCCAGCUGGACUACUGGAGUUUGUCUUAUGUUCUUCCCCCAAAAUCAUGAGAGCAUAAUUUAAAUAAAUUCGCAUUUUGGUACCACAGGAAAUAACUUGGGAAUGUCUGGUCCGAUCACUCAGAAGAGUAAUCCUUUCUAAAAGAGUGAUAGGCUACAAGACAUGGAUGCAGAGAACGGAGAGAUGUUUUUCCACAACAGAGAGGAAGAGAUCAUCACAGGGGAGACCUGGAGUCUUGAUGCCCCAUUUUCUUGCUCCGAUGUAAUCUACACUGCGUCAGAGAAAGUCCUGGAAGAAUGGAAAAUCGAUCCACAUUGUGGUUUGAAAGACAGUGAGUCAGAGGAUGUACUUCAUGCCAUCAACCCAAAUGAUGUCUUUCCCUCCGGGUCCCCUGACGAGAGCCUCUCAGAAAGCGACAGCAGCCAGUCAGAAGACCCCUGCACCGAAACCACGGUGUCAGUAGCUACAGCUGAGCCUGCUCACUCCCCGAAAACUAUCUAUCAGGUGGUCUAUGACAUCAGCACCUUGGGCAACAUAAAGGAGGAGCCACAGCAACACAGUGUUGAUGUCAUAUCCAUAGAACUAGAUGAGUGGAGUUCACAGAUUCUCAUGUCAGACUCAUGUAUCGUCAACGAGUUGCCUUCAGUGUCUGCCAUCCGGCUUAACCAUGACAAUGUUAGCUCUCUGACAUCUUCAGCUUGUAACACAGCCCCAUCCAGUCCAGACAGCCCACUGCUUUACCCAGACCUGCAGCUGACCGAGGAAGAACAGAAGCUGCUGAAUCAGGAAGGGAUCUCUCUUCCCAACAACUUACCCCUCACCAAGGCAGAGGAGAGGGUCCUGAAAAAGGUCAGACGCAAAAUCCGUAACAAGCAGUCAGCGCAGGACAGCAGGCGCAGGAAGAAGGAAUAUGUAGACGGCCUGGAGGGCAGGGCGGCGGCGUGUUCAUCUCAGAACAAGGAGCUGCAAAGAACAGUGGAACAGCUGGAGAAACACAACAUGUCUCUUUUGGCACAGUUGCGUAGGCUGCAGUCUCUGAUCAAACAGACAGCCACCAAAGCAGCACAGACCAGCACCUGCAUCAUGAUCAUCCUCUUCUCGCUGGGCCUCAUCCUCUUCCCCAGCUACAGCCCUUUCAGAUGGAACUCAGUCUUAGAGGAUGACUAUGCCCCAACAGGAGUCAUCUCUAGGAACAUUCUCACCGAUUUGGAUUCAUCCCUGCAAAUAGCAGAUGAUGUGGACAACCCCACCAUCCAACCAAAUUCUUUACCAGUCUCCUCUGACAUUGGGCAAUCAAACUCACAGGAUAUCGCCAGCGUUCUCAAACCACCAAUUGACAUUCCAGAAAUCACUGACUCUGAAGGAAUGGCCCUUGAGGAUAGCCAACCAGGGAACAGCUCUGUUUUAGUUGACAGACGGACUGAAACCUUGCCUUUGGAUCUGAUGUCAAUCUCUGGCAAAGGAGGCACAAACCUUGACCCUACCAAACCAGCUCACGCUGACGAAAUGUAAAAAGUUUGCAUGAGCGUUCAUAUUUAUGUCCAGCAUUUUGCUGUGUUGUAAGGAUCUUUACCCCAUGCACUCUAUUCAACUGCUAUAACCAUUGCCUUAAUGCAGUCUUUGCUUGUGUGAGCAGGGUUUUAACCAUCUGUCGUCAUGGUUUGACAGGAUAUUUUCUAAUUUGUGUGGGAAACUCACACAAAGAUUUUUCUUAUAUUUUUUAUUUAAAAUGUUUUGGAUAAUGCUUGCAGUUUUGACCUUGUAAGUGUAAGUUCAGUUCAAUAUGCAAACCUACCGCAAGCAUGUCUUCCUUCAGAAAUGCAAGAGAUAUAGUUUUAAAUACAUUAUCUUAUCAUAGUUGUGGGAAUAAAUCAUCUUUGUAAACUUA